AAGCUAGCACGCGUUAUAGCGUCAUAUUCUUGGCAAUAGCUCGCACUUGUGGGUUAUUGUUUGUUUUAUGAGGCGUCAGCCAGUGGACUAGCUAGACCUUCCGUCAUAUUUCCUACCACAUCGCAACACGUGUUUCUAUUGCCUUUCAAUUCGUCGGCUAAUUUGUAAAUAUAGCGUCGAGAAUGGAAGACGAGAAAAACGUUGCUGUGUGUGAAUUAGAGUACGGAGAAAGCAAGACGCGUAUCACAUGUCUAGAAAGUGAUGGUGUCCGAAUGGUCCCCUUGCCGCAAAUCUCCUCUCACCUACUUCCUCCGAUGUCUCAACCGACUCUCGACAAGAGGAUGAAACAGCUAGGUGAAGCGCUGACGCGCAGGAAGGCGAGUCAACGUGAGACUCGACUGUUGAAAGAACACGAGAUCAUAUCGCCCAGAGCUUUCGCUCCCUGGCUUAUCCCAUUGGCUAAUCUUGACAAUGUCUUGCCGUUUCUUGAGUCGGGUGGUCGGUGCGCUGGGGGCGGGAGGCGGGAUGAGGAGAAGGACCCCCGUGUGAGGUCCGAGGAGUUGAAGAGGAGAUUGGCUCGCGCGUUGUGCCGACUGGAGUCGGAUUUUCAUGACACUUCUCCGCUGUCGGUUAAGUCGAUCAGUUCAUGUACUGGUGUGAGAGCGAGCUCUAUGCGUGCGGGCUUCUUCAGUUCUCACAAUCAAAAUGUAAAGGAUGCUCUCAGUGGUAGUGAUGACUAUGACAAACAUUCGACUGCAGACGAGAUGAAUGGAUUUCUGCAUAACUUGCCUAAGACCUCGAGUUCACUAGCCUGUUCUGACGUGAAGGUUCGGAAUCAUUCUGAUGUGGAAUUGUCUGGCAGUCAAAAGGAAUUAAGCGAUGAGGAGAGCGAGGAAGCCAUUAUUGCUAUAUCUAAUGAUUGUGAGUCGUCGGCUUUGCCCUUGUCUCACUGUUUAUGGGAUCUCGAAUACAUUGAAGAGAAUGGUUACUGUGACCUUGUGGAAACUGACGAGUGUGAACAGGAAACUGACGAUCCAGAUUUCACAUUGAGUAACAAGAAGUGGAUUGGACCAUCGAAGAUCAAGCAGAGAUGCGUUUCGGAGGGCAGAGAAAACAAACAAAUUAGCUGGUCAACUGGUAAGACGUCGAGAUCAUUAGUGAAUAGAACGGGCACAUAUACUGUCGAAGACCACGCUGCAAUGAAACGAGAGUAUGAUGCUAUUCAUCAUCACUAUUCCACUGAUAAUUUGAAAACGAUGAAAAGCAGUCUAAAAGCAAAAUUAGAGAAAAAAUCAAAGAGAAAGAGAGCAAAGCAACUAUUGGAGCGUGCACAUCGGACAAAAGCUAUGGCACAACAAAAGCAAACAGUCAAGCCUCUCGUUAAGGAACGAAGUGAGCAACGUCCAACAGUGGAAUCAUCAAAACCUACACAAGUUCCAGACGUGAGGACUGUAAAAACAUUUCGCCCAUUUUCUGCCCCUAGACGUAAUUUCUGUUUGAAAGAUAUCAUUCCUAGUCAUUCUUUCCUUGUGGUUGAUGUGACUGGUGAACUCGAUGUUCGAUACCCUAGUCACAUAGAACCCUCAGAAACUGCUUCACAACUGCCAUCACUCUGUCAUCCCAUUUGGAAUUGGCAAGUGGGUCAACCGUUUAGUGAGAACAGUAAGAGAAUUAUCAUACGACGAGUUAAACUCACGACAGUUCCUCCUCCACCUCAAGAUCCAACAAAAUCAAGAUCGAAGCCAAGGAAGCUUAUGAAGACAAACAGAAAGAAAGUGAAGUACUCGCCCCUCGCUAUUGCAUAGAAAACACUUGCAUCAUCAUUUGUACUGCUUCGCUUGUAUAUUAUUUACAAAAGCAAGUGGGAGACGUCAUCAGUAUCUGGGAUAUAGAUUUGAUUGCUUGUUUUCAACUGUCGCUUUUAUUUAUGAUGGACACGAACGAACGUGUGGAGAAGUUUCUGAACAUUUGUAGUAGCUUACAGCAUCACACUUAUUUUGUGACAUAACAUGCAAUGAAGGAGCAGUUGCCUUUCUGGUUUUCUGAAGAAGAGAAACUCACAAGUUGGGCUCCAGUACGCUUCUAUACGUUGUAUGGUGUACAUCUAGGCAUGUAUUGUCUGUACAGUCAAGGGGACAGGGCAAUUCAUCACGUCCUUUUUUGUCUGUUGAUGUAAUUGUAAGCACUCUGUACAUGCACCUACUGGCUUUAGUCUGCAAGUGGUGAGUGCCCUUUCCCACAGCGUGACUCAUUGAGGUUCUCUUCUUAUUGCUUUUGCCUCACUUGAUGGCAACAUGCUCUUGGUAUGCAUGAUGGUGUCCAGU